AUGGCGGGUGAGAAUGUCAAGUUCGUGUUCCAUUCUACCUCACCGAAUCACUCACCUUCUUCCUUCACUGCUUCAGCAUUGUGGUGGUGUUUAUGUGCCAGCUUCAAUUCUUCCUUUCUCUUCCCUGUAGCGUCGGUGUGGGUUGGCUUUAGGAAUGAGGGUUAUUCCAUAUUCCAGCUGGUCACACCUACUAGUUUAUGGCGUGACAAAGAAGCACAAGAAGAAAGAAAGCCCUCGAACAAGCUUGUCCAAACUGAGGCCAAUCGUACACCUCACUUUGCAAUCGUUGAACGUGAUAUCCAGUUCAAAUUUCUCAUCAAGUCUAAACAAUUCCUAUCCAAGCAACCUGAACACGUGCUACGCCUUGACGAUGCUGGCAAGCUCUACCAUGAGUUAGGGUUUCCCCGUGGUCGGAAGGUUUCCCGCUCAAUCCAGCGCCAUCCUGUAAUUUUUGAAACUUAUAGGCACACUGAUGGGAAAAGGUGGUUUGGCUUCACAGAGUUUAUGGAGGAGUUGCUUUCAGAAGAGCAAUCGAUCAUGGACACCAUGGAGACGGACCGAGUAGAUAAAGUUCGCAAAUUGCUGAUGAUGUCUGCCAAUAAGCGGAUUCCUUUAAGUAAGAUUCAUCAUUGCAGGAUGCUAUUUGGGAUUCCAGAUGACUUCAGAGACCGGGUUGUGAAGUACCCGAAUUUCAGGAUAGUGGUGGAGGGUGAUGGGAAGAGAACUGAAUUGGUCAAUUGGGACCCUUCGUUGGCUGUGAGUGCACUUGAGAAGGAGUUCAAUGAUGAGGAUAGGGCUAAGAAGGCAUUUAAGUUUCCUGUGAAAUAUGAGGAUUUGGAUUUGGACAUGGAUGAUAAAAGGAAGCUCAAUUUGUUGAAUACACUUCCAUUAGUAAUCCCUUAUUCAGAGGGGUCUAAAUUGGAUGUAUGGACCCUGGAGGCAGAGAAGUACAGGGUAGGGGUGAUACAUGAGUUCUUGAGCUUGACAUGAAAGAGGGCUUCGAUUCAUCACAUUGGUUUUAAGGAGGAGUUUUGUUUAACUAAGCACACUUACCAUAUGCUUCUGAGGCAACCCAAAACGUUUUAUUUGGCAGGACAAGAGAUGAACUGGGUUGUGUUCUUAAAGGAUGCUUAUGACGAAAAAUGGUGCUUUGAUUAGAAGGAUCCGCAGGUGAUCUUCAAUGAGAAGCUUUACAAGUAUGCUCAGAUGCAGGAAAUUGAUCCCAAAUCUGAUUUUGGGGCCAAAAACACCAUACUUGGCUCUCUAAAUAGUUAUAAUAAUGAAAAUAACGUUAGGAUGGCAAGAUGGUCUCCUACAUUUUUAAUGGCAAUUGAUUUCAAUUUUAUCAAUUGGCACAAGAGUGGCUUCUUGAGUGAUUACCCAAAAUAGGGGGGAAUUGUCAGAUUUUUUAGCUUUAAGUGAUGACUUUUUAGGUUUCAGUCUUCAUACUUUCUUUUGUGUCUCAAAAUUCUCUUUUUAUUCCUACUUUCACUGCAUAAUUU